AAUAACUGAUUGUGAAGGAUUGGCUCUUAUUUCCGGAAACGCUGGGGUCCAGGAACGGUGAACAUGUCGGAGAAGAUAUCGAGUUUCCUCCAUGUGGGGGACAUCGUGUCCCUGUAUGCAGAGGGGUCCGUGAAUGGAUUCAUCAGCACUCUGGGUUUGGUGGAUGACAGAUGUGUGGUGCAACCCGAAGCGGGGGACCUGAACAACCCACCCAAAAAGUUUCGAGACUGCCUGUUCCGGCUGUGCCCCAUGAACAGAUAUUCGGCUCAGAAGCAGUUCUGGAAAGCCGCAAAACCAGGAGCCAGUAACACGACUGACACCGUCCUCCUCAACAAAUUACAUCAUGCAGCAGAUUUGGAGAAGAAGCAGAACGAUACGGAGAACCGCAAGCUCUUGGGAACAGUCAUCCAGUAUGGGAACGUCAUUCAGUUGCUGCACUUGAAGAGUAACAAGUACCUGACGGUGAACAAGCGCCUCCCGGCUCUGCUGGAGAAGAACGCGAUGCGGGUAACACUGGAUGAGGCCGGCAACGAAGGCUCCUGGUUUUACAUCCAACCAUUUUACAAGCUGCGAUCCAUUGGUGACAGUGUUGUCAUUGGUGAUAAAGUUGUCCUUAACCCGGUCAAUGCUGGGCAGCCGUUGCACGCCAGCAGCCACCAACUGGCCGAUAACCCAGGAUGCAACGAGGUCAAUUCGGUGAACUGUAACACCAGCUGGAAGAUUGUGCUGUUUAUGAAGUGGAGUGACAAUAAAGAUGACAUCCUGAAAGGGGGUGAUGUUGUGCGGCUGUUCCACGCAGAGCAGGAGAAGUUCUUAACAUGUGAUGAGCAUAGAAAGAAGCAGUAUGUUUUCCUCAGGACCACUGGUCGCCAAUCUGCCACCUCUGCCACCAGCUCCAAAGCAUUAUGGGAAGUCGAGGUUGUCCAGCACGACCCAUGUAGAGGGGGCGCAGGCUAUUGGAACAGCCUGUUCAGAUUUAAGCAUUUGGCGACGGGGCAUUACCUGGCAGCAGAGGUAAACCCUGACUAUGAGGCAGGUAGCCUGGAAGCUGAGGUCCCAAUGGACCUGGAUCAGGACCCGGCUCGAGCCAGAAUGAGAGUUGCUCCGGAGAAGAUGAUGUGCACGUUGGUCUCUGUCCCUGAAGGCAAUGAUAUCUCCUCCAUCUUUGAGUUGGACCCAACGACACUAAGAGGUGGUGACAGUCUGGUACCAAGAAACUCCUACGUACGACUACGCCAUUUGUGUACCAACACCUGGGUACACAGUACCAACAGCCCCAUUGAUAAAGACGAGGAAAAGCCAGUUAUGCUGCGGAUUGGUACGUCCCCUGUGAAAGAAGACAAGGAAGCAUUUGCCAUUGUUCCCGUGUCCCCGGCAGAGGUUAGAGAUCUGGACUUUGCCAAUGACGCUAGUAAGGUUCUGUCUUCCAUUGCUGGCAAGCUGGAGAAGGGGACCAUUACCCAGAAUGAGAGGAGGGCAGUGACCAAACUCUUGGAGGAGUUGGUUUAUUUUGUAACCGCUGGAGUGAAUUCUGGGCAGGACGUGCUGGAGGUCUUGGUGACCAAACCCAACCGUGAACGCCAGAAACUGAUGCGGGAGCAGAAUAUCCUGAAACAGAUCUUCAAACUGCUGCAGGCCCCAUUUACCGAUAGCGGCGAUGGUCCAAUGCUGAGGCUGGAGGAACUGGGGGAUCAAAGGCACGCACCAUUCAGGCACAUCUGCCGACUAUGCUACCGUGUCCUGCGGCACUCCCAGCAGGACUAUCGCAAGAAUCAGGAAUACAUCGCCAAACAAUUUGGCUUUAUGCAGAAGCAGAUUGGAUAUGAUGUCCUGGCGGAGGACACAAUCACCGCGCUAUUGCACAAUAAUCGCAAGCUGCUGGAGAAGCACAUCACCACGUUUCUGGAUUACCUCUCCGAUCUCUGCGUGUCCAUGAACAAAUCCAUUCCCGUCACACAGGAGUUGAUAUGCAAAGCCGUUCUGAACGCUGCCAACGCUGAUAUCCUCAUCGAGACCAACGAAAGCCCUCUGGAAAAUGGGGAGGAUGAGGAGGAAGUUUGGCUCUUCUGGAGGGAUGCCAAUAAGGAAACGAGAAGUAAAAGUAUUCGAGAGUUGGCUCAAGAUGCCAAAGAAGGGCAAAAGGAGGACCAGGAUGUCUUAAGUUAUUACAGGUACCAGCUGAACCUCUUUGCCCGCAUGUGCCUGGACCGGCAGUACCUGGCCAUUAAUGAAAUUUCCGGCCAGCUAGAUGUGGAUCUUAUUCUGCGCUGCAUGUCUGAUGAGAACCUUCCGUUCGACCUGCGAGCAUCAUUUUGCAGAUUGAUGCUGCAUAUGCACGUGGACCGGGAUCCUCAGGAACAGGUGACCCCUGUGAAAUACGCCCGCCUCUGGUCAGAGAUACCAUCGGAAAUCGCUAUAGAUGACUACGACAGCAGCGGGACAUCGAGGGAUGAUAUAAAGGAGAGAUUCGCACUGACGAUGGAAUUUGUGGAAGAAUAUUUGAGAGACGUGGUGGGGCAGAGAUUUCCUUUCUCCGACAAAGAGAAGAACAAGCUGACUUUUGAGGUGGUGAACUUGGCUCGCAAUCUCAUCUACUUCGGCUUUUACAAUUUCAGCGACCUUCUCCGCCUGACCAAGAUCCUUCUGGCCAUCCUCGACUGCGUGCACCUGGCUGCCAACUUCCCCUCCAACAAAAUGGGCAAGGGUGAUGAAAAGCAAGUAGGUGGCAGUAAUGUUAUGCGCUCCAUCCAUGGAGUUGGAGAACUUAUGACCCAGGUCGUGCUACGCGGUGGGGGGUUCCUUCCACUGACCCCCUUGGCUGCCCCAGAAGGAGCAUUGAAGCCUCAGAGAGAGCCGGAGAAAGAGGACAUCCUGGUGAUGGACACCAAGCUGAAGAUCAUUGAGAUUUUGCAGUUUAUUCUGAAUGUCCGCCUGGAUUAUCGCAUCUCCUGCCUCCUCUGCAUCUUCAAGAACGAGUUCGAUGAGAGCAACGCUCAAUCCACGGAUGGAUCGGACGCGGUGACCGUGGUGCCGGAAAAAAUAGAAGGAAAAGAGGUAUCGUCAGUACGAGAUUCCACCAGGCAAUAUCAUGGCCAUGAGGCCCAUCAACAGUAUAGCGAAGAGAACACCCCGUUGGACCUGGACGAUGAUGGCGGUCGCACCUUCCUCCGCGUGUUGCUCCACCUCACCAUGCAUGACUACCCCCCUCUAGUGUCCGGAGCCCUGCAGCUGCUCUUCCGCCAUUUCAGCCAGAGGCAGGAGGUCCUUCAGGCCUUCAAACAGGUCCAGCUGCUGGUGACCAGUCAGGAUGUGGAUAAUUACAAGCAGAUAAAGCAGGACUUGGACCAGCUGAGGUCUAUCGUGGAGAAGUCGGAGCUGUGGGUCUACAAAGGAUCUGGUCCAGAGGAAGCUUCAGAACAGACUACUGGGGCUGCAAACGCUAAAGAGGCAGAGGGUCAGGAAGGAUCCGGGAAGCCCAAGAAAGCCGAGAGCACCAGCAGCUAUAACUACAGAGUAGUCAGAGAGAUCCUCCUGAGGCUCAGCAAGCUCUGCGUUCAGGAGAACACGUCCGGCCGCAGAAACCGCAAGCAGCAACAGCGUCUUUUGCGGAACAUGGGGGCGCACACGGUGGUGCUGGAGCUGCUGCAGAUACCCUAUGAGAAGUCAGAGGACACUCGGAUGCAGGAAAUAAUGAGAAUCGCUCACGAGUUCCUGCAGAACUUCUGUGCCGGAAACCAGCAGAACCAGACUCUGCUCCACAAGCACAUCAACCUCUUCCUGACCCCUGGGAUUCUGGAAACGGUCACCAUGCAGCAUAUCUUCAAGGAUAAUUUCCAGCUAUGCAGCGAAAUAAACGAGCGCGUUGUCCAGCACUUCGCUCACUGCAUCGAGACUCACGGUCGCAGCGUGCAAUACAUAAAGUUCUUACAGACCAUCGUGAAGGCCGAGGGCCGAUUCAUCAAGAAGUGCCAGGACAUUGUCAUGGCGGAGCUGGUGAACUCCGGAGAGGAUGUCCUCGUCUUCUACAAUGACCGGGCGUCCUUCCAGACUCUGGUACAGAUGAUGCGCUCGGAGAGGGAGCGGAUGGAUGAGAACAGCCCCCUGAUGUAUCAUAUCCACCUGGUGGAGCUGCUGGCCGUGUGCACGGAGGGUAAAAACGUCUACACCGAGAUCAAGUGCAACUCGCUGCUGCCGCUGGACGAUAUUGUGCGCGUGGUGACACACGAGGACUGCAUCCCCGAGGUGAGAUAUAAGUGUGCCAAUAUAUUUCUAUUGCAGGUGCAGUUUUGCUACGUUGACACAGAAGUGGAGAUGAAGGAAAUCUAUACCAGUAACCACAUGUGGAAGCUGUUUGAGAAUUUUUUGGUGGACAUCUGCAGGGUGUGUAACAGCACGAGUGACCGGAAACACGCAGACAUGGUCCUGGAGCGCUACGUGACGGAAACUGUGAUGAGCAUCAUAAACACUUUCUUCAGCUCCCCGUUCUCCGAUCAGAGCACCACGCUGCAGACCCGGCAGCCCGUGUUUGUGCAGCUCUUACAAGCCGUAUUUCGGGUCUAUCACUGCGGCUGGCUCCUUCCUUCCCAGAAGGCUUCAGUGGAGAGUUGUAUUCGGGUUUUGUCUGAUGUGGCGAAGGGCCGUGCCAUAGCCAUCCCUGUCGAUCUCGACAGUCAGGUGAACAAUUUGUUUCUCAAAAGCCAUAACAUUGUACAGAAGACGGCCAUGAGCUGGCGCAUGACGGCCAGAAAUGCUGCCCGCCGCGAUUCUGUGCUAACUGCCUCACGGGACUACCGCAAUAUUAUCGAACGGCUGCAGGACAUUGUGUCAUCCCUGGAAGAUCGGCUGCGUCCUCUGGUCCAAGCGGAACUUUCAGUCCUCGUGGACGUCUUGCACCGGCCGGAGCUCUUGUUUCCGGAGAACACGGAGGCCCGAAAGAAGUGCGAGAGCGGGCAGUUCAUCUGCAAAUUAAUAAGACAUACAAAGCAGCUUCUGGAGGAGAACGAGGAGAAGCUAUGCAUUAAAGUCCUGCAGACGCUGAGAGAGAUGAUGGCGAAAGACCGAGGGUUCGGGGACAAGCUUGUAGCCAUUGACGCUGUGGAAAAUUCUGAGGAUCCUGGUCAGGCCCAGAAUCUGAGGCAACUGGAAGAUGUCAAGAGGGGGGAAGCGCUCCGGGUCAUUCUGGUGAACCGAUAUUAUGGGACCGUGAAGCAAGGUGGAAGAAGGGAGAGCCUCACCAGCUUCGCGAAUGGAUCGUUAACUGGAGGUGGCGGUGUAAAGUCUGGUGGUGGAGGCAAGUCCCCCUUUUUUUCUUUUUGGGCUGGUUCCAGUUCGGGGGGUGUAAGCCGAGUGGAGAUGAGUAUGUCCGACGUUCAGUGUCACCUCGAUAAAGAAGGGGCUUCGGAUCUGGUCAUCGACCUCAUCAUGAAUGCCACCACCGACCGCGUGUUUCACUAAAUAUCCUAUCUAUAUUAUGUAUUUAUAGUAGGAUAUAAACCCUCCCUAACCCGUUUCCUCUUUCCGCAGCAUUCCUUCUUCUGCCGGCUGACCGAGGACAAGAAGUCGGAGAAGUUCUUUAAGGUUUUCUUCGAUCGGAUAAAAGUCGCCCAACAGGAAAUCAAGGCCACGGUCACGGUGAACACCAGCGACCUCGGCAGCAAGAGGCGAGAUGAGGAGCCGUCUGAGAGGGAGACUCCGCACCACAAGAGAGCGCGAGAGGCCGGUAUGCAAAUAACGGAAGAGGCCAAAGAGCUGCUGUUGGAGGCCACUGUCGCCACCAAGAAGGCUUUCAACUCUUUCCGCCGGGAGGUCGACCCGGACGACCACUUCUCGGGGGGCGACGGAGGAUUGGCCAACUCGGAGAAAGGGCCGGAUGAGCUUGAAAUGACUCCCAUCAUCACAAUCAUGCAGCCAAUCCUGCGAUUCCUACAGCUGCUCUGCGAGAACCACAACCGGGACCUGCAGAACUUCCUGCGCUCCCAGAACAACAAGACCAACUACAACCUGGUGUGCGAGACUCUGCAGUUCCUGGACUGCAUCUGCGGCAGCACCACGGGCGGCCUGGGCCUGCUGGGGCUCUAUAUCAACGAAAAGAACGUCGCCCUCAUCAACCAGACGCUGGAGAGCCUGACGGAGUACUGCCAGGGCCCGUGCCACGAGAACCAGAACUGCAUCGCCACCCAUGAGUCAAACGGCAUCGACAUCAUCACAGCGCUGAUCCUGAAUGACAUCAACCCGCUGGGCCGGAAGAGGAUGGACCUGGUCCUGGAGCUCAAGAACAACGCUUCCAAGCUUCUGCUCGCCAUCAUGGAAAGCCGACACGACAGCGAGAACGCCGAGCGCAUUUUGUACAAUAUGAGGCCUAAAGAGCUGGUGGAGGUGAUAAAGAAGGCUUAUCUCCAAGGCGAGGUGGAAUUCGAAGAGGGGGAGAGUUGCGAGGAUCACGCUGCCUCCCCUCGCAACGUGGGGCACAAUAUUUACAUCCUGGCACAUCAGCUUGCGCGACACAACAAGGAGCUCCAGCACAUGCUGAAACCGGGAGUGCAGACGGGGGAUGGAGAUGAAGCUCUGGAGUUCUACGCCAAGCACACGGCCCAGAUAGAGAUUGUCCGUCUGGACCGCACCAUGGAGCAGAUUGUGUUCCCUGUGCCGAGUAUAUGUGAAUUCCUGACCAAGGAGUCCAAACUGCGAGUUUAUUACACAACUGAGCGCGAUGAACAGGGAAGUAAGAUUCACGACUUUUUCCAACGCUCAGAGGACCUCUUUAAUGAGAUGAACUGGCAGAAGAAACUGAGAGCGCAGCAUGUCCUCUACUGGUGCUCUCGGAACAUGACCUUCUGGAGCAGCAUCUCCUUCAACCUCGCGGUCCUUAUGAACCUCUUAGUUGCUUUCUUCUACCCUUUUGUUGGUGUUCACGGAGGCACCCUGGACUCACGCCUCUCUGGCCUACUCUGGACAGCCAUGUUGGUUUCUUUAGCCAUAGUCAUUGUACUUCCCAAGCCUCACGGGAUCAGAGCACUGAUAGCAUCUACCAUCUUACGACUCAUCUUCUCCAUAGGGCUUCAGCCUACGUUGUUUCUACUGGGUGCUUUUAAUGUGUGCAAUAAGAUAAUCUUCCUAACCAGCUUUGUGGGGAACCGUGGCACGUUCACAAGAGGUUACGGAGCGAUGAUCCUGGACGUGGAGUUUCUUUAUCAUCUCUUGUAUCUUGUUAUCUGUGCUAUGGGUGUCUUUGUGCAUGAGUUCUUCUACAGCCUGCUGCUCUUUGAUCUGGUAUAUCGGGAGGAGACUUUACUGAACGUAAUAAAGAGUGUGACGCGGAAUGGGCGCUCCAUCAUUCUUACGGCUGUUCUGGCACUGAUCUUGGUCUACCUGUUUUCCAUUGUCGGGUAUCUCUUUUUCAAAGAUGACUUUAUACUGGAAGUGGACCGGCUGCCAAAUGAGACCAACUUUCCGGAGACGGGAAGCACGAUGGCCAGGGAGCUUUUGUAUCCCGAAGUUUGCCGGUUGGAGUCUGGAGGUAACUGCACCCACGAAGAGCCAUCCCAGGAAGGGGAGGAAGAGGAGGAGAAGGAGCACACCUGCGAGACCCUUCUAAUGUGUAUAGUGACUGUACUGAGUCACGGGUUGAGAAGCGGUGGAGGAGUUGGCGAUGUUCUCCGCAAGCCAUCUAAAGAGGAGCCGCUGUUUGCAGCCCGUGUUAUUUACGAUCUGCUCUUCUUCUUCAUGGUCAUCAUCAUCGUCCUGAAUUUGAUCUUUGGUGUUAUCAUUGACACCUUUGCUGACCUGAGGAGUGAGAAACAAAAGAAAGAGGAAGUUAUAAAGACUACGUGUUUCAUUUGUGGGCUGGAACGAGACAAGUUUGACAAUAAAACGGUGACGUUUGAGGAGCACAUUAAGGAGGAACACAACAUGUGGCAUUAUUUGUUCUUUAUUGUAUUGGUGAAAGUGAAAGAUUCUACGGAGUAUACUGGACCCGAGAGUUACGUGGCUGAGAUGAUAAAGGAGAGGAACCUGGACUGGUUCCCGAGGAUGAGAGCCAUGUCUCUGGUGAGCAGCGACUCGGAAGGUGAACAGAACGAACUUAGGAACCUGCAGGAGAAGUUGGAGUCCACCAUGCGUCUCGUGACCAACCUGUCCAGCCAGCUCAGUGAGCUCAAAGACCAGGUGAGUGCGCGGAGAAGGGCCGGCGGUGUGACCGGGACUGGCGGAGACCACAAAGCAGCUUGUUCUUCCAUAUGGAAGGACGCGGCCAAUACGCUCACCCAUGCGGAUGUCUGUACUCGGACGCAGACAGGAUGGAUCCUGGCUGCGUCUAAGCACGGACACCGCCACCCGCACGGAUGUUCAGCUCAGGUGACGCAGGACAGCUCUGAGCACGGCUGUACAGAGGAUGAUGGAAGGCUAAUACGAGUGCAGAUUCGGGUUUGGAAAUCCCCUCUUCCUUCCUCCGCCGCCCCCUCAGUCUGGUCUCGCUCUUCAAACCUCACGUUUCUUUUGGAUUACAUCAGCCGAGGUCCAAAGGGUUAUCUGGCCGUGUGGGCGGCGGAGCUGCGUACCGAUCGUUCAUUGCGAGCGGCUCGCUCGCAGCGUGCGUCAUUGUGCGCAGAAAGCGCGUGUGGCGUGAAAGCGUUGUGCCGUGUGCUGCGAUGUGUUGAAGUGCUCGCUUUUUUUUCAGCUUCUAUGUCCUUCUACUGUGUGUGUUGCGACGCAUGCUGUAACGCCAUGCUUUGGUGUGAACGUGGCACAUGGACCGCGAUGGCGUCCUUGUGCGGAGCCUGCUUGGAUCAAGGCAGCUGA